CAGAGCUGUAUGGAAUUUCUCUGCUGCCAUGCCAGAUGCGGAGGUAGGAAAUCAAACUUCCAUCACUGAAUUUAUCCUCCUGGGAUUUGAAAUAUUUCCCGAGUUGCAAAUACUUCUCUUCCUGCUGUUUCUCCUGCUCUACAUCGCAACCAUGGCUGGGAACAUUCUCAUAAUUGCGCUAAUUAUAGCUGUUCAGCAUCUGCACACCCCCAUGUACUUCUUUCUGGGGAAUUUGUCUUGCUUGGAAACCUGCUAUACCUGCACUGUCCUGCCCAGGAUGCUGGCCAGCCUCCUCACUGGUGACAAAACCAUCUCAUUCUCCGGCUGCUUCAUCCAAUUUUUUUUCUUUGGUAUGUUGUUAGUUACAGAGUGUUGUCUCUUAUCCGUGAUGUCUUAUGAUCGGUACUUAGCCGUAUGUAAACCAUUGCAUUAUGCAGCCCUAAUGAGUGACAGAUUUUCUUUCAAACUUGCAGCUGGAUCAUGGAUCAGUGGAUUUAUAGUUGCCUCCGUUGUAUAUCUCUUCUUGUUACAAUUAACCUUCUGUGGACCCAAUCAAGUUGACCAUUUCUUUUGUGACUAUGUUCCAAUAAUUAAACUCUCCUGCAGUGACACCUAUGAGAUUGAACUUGCAGUUCUCAGUCUUGACUGUAUAUUUGUUUUACCCCCAUUCCUUUUGACUCUCAUGUCCUAUGUCUGUAUUAUCACCACCAUAGUAAGAAUCCCUUCCACUACUGGGAGACAAAAGGCCUUUUCCACCUGUUCCUCUCAUAUUACUGUGGUGACCAUUUUCUAUGGGACCCUAAUUUUAGUGUACAUGUUCCCAAGAACCAGCACCCUUAGAGCCCUGAACAAAGUAUUCUCUCUUUCCUACACUGUGCUGACCCCAUUGGCCAACCCUCUCAUUUACAGCCUGAGAAACAAGGAAGUCAAGGAGGCUGUAAGAAAAGUUGUCUGUGUGUUUAUGAAUUGGAGAGGAAUGCAAACAUUGUUAAACUCUAUUAGCAGGUUGAAGCAAAAUGGAAAUAACAGGAAUCAAAGCUGUGGAAAAUGAAUGGUUCCUGGCCCAGGGGUUUUCCGGUGAAUUCUAAAAGGAAGAGGAACUUUUGAGAGAUUUAUUACAUUUCACACCUGGUUCUAUUGAACGGAUUGUCCUGCUACCACAGUGUUCACUUAAAAAUUGCUCCAGAUAAAAAUAGUGAAUGGAUUUUAAGAGGAUAACCUCUCUGUGCUUCAAGCCAGUAUACACAGAUUGUCUUCAACCAAAGGCUUCCUACACUUAGGCCCAAAUCUGAAGUCUAACUUUCCCUUUAGGUUGCACACAGACAGGGUGUUAUCAAGCUGAUGUGGUAAAAACCUAAUCUCUUCGACUAAUUGUUCACACUCUUGUAUCCUAUCGCUCAAACCAUUUAGGUUGUCUAAAAGAAUGGGCAGAAAUGACUUGAACACAAACUUUAUUCCAUCUGUAACUCACUUUCAAAUUGUUCAUUGGUAAAUAUGUGUUUCACUUAAGUCACAGCCAGCCCUGUGUAGGUUUAUACUGCACUCUAGUGAAUGAACAAGAGAUUUAACAGAACAGCUUGUUUUUCCUGCCUGGACAUGAGAAUUAUUCUGCUGAACAAACACAGGAACGAAGGAAGCUGAAUUUUCUAAUGUUGUGUUGAGAUCCUCGUAAGAAAAGUGGUAAUGGUGGGAAUGCCUAAAUAUCCAUUAUAAAUUGGGAAUCUGUCUUUGGCAGGGAGGGAACCAACAUGUGCAGUAAAAGAGCUUUGAUAACUUAUUUCUAAGAAGAGCACUAGACUAGGGAAAAUUUUCAGAGAAGUUGAGAGGAUGAAGAGGAUUGAGAACACUGAGGCACCGGAAAACUGUAUGCAUGAGGGUGUCCUUGAUGAAACUGCCAAUCAGCUUAUCUGAAGAUGAUGCAGAAAACAUUUCAGCCCAUGAGAAGGAGAAAUGUUUUUAAAUUUCUGAAGGCAUGGCGUUUCCUGAUCACCCAGCGAUAAAGUUUGAGGCCAUUGCUCCUUGUCCUGUCAUCUGCCACCACUGAGAAGAGUCCAGCCCUAUCCUCUUUGGAAGUACCCUUCAGGCAGCUAGAAAUGAAUAAUGGUGGACCCUGGGACUGAAAAUGAAACAGUUGUGGACAUAUUAGUACUUCUGGGUUUUGAGGAUCAUCAUGAACUGCAGAUUUUCCUCUUCCCACUCUUCUUAACAUUGUACCUAGCAAGCAUGGUGGGGAAUAUCCUCAUUAUAACCAUUGUCUCAGCUGACCACAACCUUCGCACACCUAUGUACUUCUUCUUGGGUAACCUGUCCUUUCUGGAGGUCUUGUAUUCAUCAAACAUAACCCCCAGGAUGCUUAUGGACCUACUAAGACAUGAUAAAUACAUUUCCUUUGGAGGCUGUAUCCUGCAGUUAUAUAUAUUCUGUGCAUUGGGAACUGUUGAGUGUUUUCUACUGAUGUUAAUGUCUUAUGAUCGGUACUUGGCCAUCUGCAACCCUUUGCACUAUGCAGACUUAAUGAAUUGGACUCUGUCGGUUAAGCUAGCAGUUGGCACAUGGGUGUGGGGUUUGCUGCUGGCUGCUGGGUUGCUACUUAUUUUGGGAAAAUCUUUAACUCUUUGUGGCCCAAAUGAAAUCAAUCAUUAUUUCUGUGACUUGACACCCUUGCUAAAACUGUCGUGCUCUGACACAUUUAUGGUGGAGGUAGCGAUUUUUGUCUCAGCCGGUGUUGUGUCGCUGAUCCCAUUUCUCUUAACCAUCACAUCCUACAUUCAUAUCCUCCUGAUUGUCAUCAAACUCCCAUCAAAGAGUGGGAAGCGCAAAGCAUUUUCUACCUGCAGCUCUCACCUCAUUGUAGUCACAGCUUUCUACGGGACUCUGACCAUAACAUAUGGUGCAUCCACAAGAACCCAGACAGUUGAUCUCAACAAGAUCCUUUCCUUGAUGUAUACUGUUGUGACUCCGCUCUUCAAUCCCAUAGUGUACAGCUUGAGGAACAAUGAUGUUAAAGAAGCCCUGAAGCGAUUUCUUAGCAAAGUUAUCCAUUGGCAAAAUUAAUCAAAUAUUUGCCACUAGAUCUUUUUUUUUUGCCAAGUUUCUGAGCAUUCUUCAUGAAAACUAAAAUUUUCUGGACAAAAUUCCGUUUUGUUUAAAAAGUAAAUUUCUGUUAAAAGAGCAUUUCAGCCUAAAAUUAUUUUUUAUAGCUGUUCAGGAACCUUGUUUUGCUUUGUGUUGGGGUCAUAAAAACACUUUUAGGGUUCUAUAUAAUUGCCUACAGCUGGUCAAAAACAACCUGACAGAACAGUUUCUCACCCAAAAGGGGUUAAUUGAUUAAAUAAAAACAUUUUGUAGUAUCAGUUUGAUUUGAUUGAAAUUUUCAAUGGCAAGUAUGUAUCAAAGCCCUUCAUUUAGAGGCAUUUUAUUCCAGCUUUAUUUUAUGUAGUGAUGUGUUAUCAGAACAGUAUAUUUGAAACAAAGUGCUUCAUCCUUGUUGAAAAAAAGUGUUUCACCAUUUCUGAAAUAUUUUCUCCAGAAACUUGGUUCCACCAGAAUAUUGUUUUCUAUGUCAAAUUUUUGUUCCAAUUCAGAACGAAAAAAAAAAGUUUCUAAAUAUCAGAAUUCCCUGCAGAAUAGAAAGGUGAUGUUUAACCUGCUCUAGAAUUUACUCUAAUGAUCUGUAGAAAUGAAUAAUAAAAUCACAGGGCUGGAAGGGACCUCAAGGGUCCUCUGGUCCAACCCCCUGCAUGGAUGCCAGAAUGCUGCUCUUCACAGAAAAUAAUAUUCCUUCUGUGGCAUUCCUAAACCACCAUAUAGAAUGAUAUCUUAUUAUAUUCGAUUCAGUACCUGGCAAUACUAUGCCAGAUGUAGAGUGAUGGAAAUACUAUGAUGGAUGUGGAGUGUAUUGCAAAACAGAAACAUUGCAAGACACAUUUUUGUAUAGUUCAGUAAAGAAAAAUAAUUUCUGCUACAAAAAAAUGGUUGUGAAAAUCUGAGUAUGUCUAAUUCUGUUUUAUUAACGUGACUCAUGUAAGAGCAGGUUGUUUUUUUUCCCCGAAGCAGAGCUUUGCAAAAUCAUUAAUGGAAAAGCUACCUAAUUCCUCUUGACAUUCAAUGUUCUUUGUGCUUUCAAGUAUCUUAGGCAGUAACUCUGCUUCUUUGUGAUAAGCACUGUGCUCUCUCUUUCUCUCUCUUUUAUGUACAAAUAUUACUUUUAUUAUCUGUGUCUUUUGUGUUAUCUAGUCUAAAUUAAAAGCCAUUUUCCACUGAUA